AUGAACUUCCUGCUCUUGCUGUUCUUAGUCUUUUUCGCGCCCUUGUUGCUUUUUGUCGUAUGGCUGGCAGCUUCCUCGUGUCUAGGAAAUCGCCUUCGCACUCGAGGCGGCAGAUUAUCAGUACGACCAGUCCUGGACACGUAUGGACAGAGCUACCUUCGAACCAUGGCCAACUCUGGGGCCGCAAUGUCAGAGCAAAUUGAACUCGACGACAUGCUAGCCGAACCAGGAACUCGCCGCCACUUCGACGAGGAGGAUUGA